UCACCCAUCGAGGCUCUGCGCUCAAAUCGCCGCGGACCCUGGAGUGGGAAUUCACUUCCGCCUCAACGCCCUCACCACGGUCUCACGGUCUCACGGCGAGUCUCACGGUCUCACUGUGAGUCUCACGGUCUCACGGCGAGGUUCACUGUGAGUCUCACGGCGAGUCUCACGGUCUCACGGCGAGUCUCACGGCGAGAUUCACUGUGAGUCUCACGGUCUCACGGCGAGUCUCACGGUCUCACUGUGAGUCUCACGGUCUCACACGGCCUCACGGCGAGUCUCACGGCGAGCUUCACUGUGAGUCUCACGGUCUCACGGCGAGUCUCACGGUGGGUCUCACGGCGAGUCUCACGGCGAGUCUCACGGUCUCACUGUGAGUCUCACGGCGAGUCUCACGGCGAGUCUCACGGUCUCACGGCGAGUCUCACGGCGAGUCUCACGGUGAGGCUCACGGUGAGGCUCACGGUGAGUCUCACGGUCUCACGGCGAGUCUCACUGUGAGUCUCACGGCGAGUCUCACUGUGAGUCUCACGGCGAGUCUCACUGUGAGUCUCACGGCGAGUCUCACGGUGAGGCUCACGGUGAGGCUCACGGUGAGUCUCACGGUCUCACGGCGAGUCUCACUGUGAGUCUCACGGCGAGUCUCACGGCGAGUCUCACGGCGAGGCUCACGGUGAGGCUCACGGUGAGUCUCACGGUCUCACGGCGAGUCUCACUGUGAGUCUCACGGCGAGUCUCACGGUGAGUCUCUCGGCGAGUCUCACGGUGAGGCUCACGGUGAGGCUCACGGUGAGUCUCACGGUCUCACGGCGAGUCUCACUGUGAGUCUCACGGCGAGUCUCACGGCGAGUCUCACGGCGAGACUCACGGUGAGGCUCACGGUGAGUCUCACGGUCUCACGGCGAGUCUCACUGUGAGUCUCACGGCGAGUCUCACGGUGAGUCUCUCGGCGAGUCUCACGGUCUCACUGUGAGUCUCACGGUCUCACACGGCCUCACGGCGAGUCUCACGGCGGGUCUCACGGCGAGUCUCACGGCGAGUCUCACGGCGAGCCUCUCGGUGAGGCUCACAGUGAGUCUCACGGUGAGUCUCACGGUCUCACGGCGAGUCUCACGGCGAGCCUCACAGUGAGGCUCACGCCGAGCCUCACUGUGAGACUCACGGCGAGUCUCACGGCGAGCCUCACAGUGAGGCUCACGGCGAGUCUCAUGGCGAGCCUCACGGCGAGUCUCACGGUCUCACGGCGAGUCCCACGGUCUCACGGUCUCACAGCGAGUCUCACAGUGAGGCUCACGGUCUCACGGUCUCACUGUGAGACUCACGGCGAGCCUCACGGCGAGUCUCACAGUCUCACGGCGAGUCUCACGGUCUCACGGUCUCACAGCGAGUCUCACGGUCUCACGGUCUCACAGCGAGCCUCACGGUCUCACGGCGAGUCUCACGGUGAGGCUCACGGUCUCACGGUCUCACUGUGAGUCUCACGGCGAGUCUCACGGUCUCACUGUGAGUCUUACGGAUUUGCUAUUUGCGAUUAUGGCUGUAUCUGCGAAUCAUGUCUAGAGAGAGAAAGAAGUGGUGAGAGACAAAGUGAUUAGAGUUAUUAUUUUUUUAUUAACAUAAUGAUAAUACAUCCAAAGUUCGUUAUACUGAAGCUUCGUAUCCCGAAUGUUCGCCUUUUUGUAGUAUUAUUGCACAGAAUGGCACCCAAGUCGUCAGCGUUUCAGACAAGGCCACGCAUGCACCCAACGACUGAAAUCGGAAGGCACAGCUCCAAAUCCGGAGCAAUCGAGGGUCACCGGCACGGCCACUGGCAACCGGGCAAUGUUACUCGCCGCAGAGAACCGCGGGAGGCGCGACCGCCGCCACUCCGCGAGAGCCGGCGCCAAAAACUGUGGCACGCUGCAACCCUCCCAGGCGCGGCCCUUUUUAACCUCCGAUUCCGUUCCGAUGGCACCCAGAACGCGUACUGAUGAUGUGCACCUACGUCAUCGAAACGGAAAUAUAAAAUACAACCAAUGGUGUGUAAAGUGUGAAAAGUAAGAAUAGGUAAAACCUUUUGCAAGGCAUCAAGUCUACUUGUGGUAAACAUGCAAACAAACGUGGCGCUGAUACUAAUGUACAAAUUCUCUUUGAAACUGACUGGCCUACACCAGAGACAACGGCCUUCUUUAUGCCCUAGUCUCACCAGCAGUGUCAGACCAGAGAAUGCCAAAAAUCUUUGUACCGACGUAGGUCAUCGGAACUAAAACUGAUGACGUACGCUGCACGGCAUGUUUGGGUUUGACGUACGUCAUCGGAACGGAAUUGGAACUAAAACUGAUGAGGUACAAUAGACGGCAUGUUUGCAUUUGACGUACGUCAUUGGAACGGAAUCGAAAACUGAAGCUGAUGACGUAGGCUGCGUGGCAUGUUUGGGUUUGACGUACGUCAUUGGAACGGGAAAGGGAUAAGAAACGCGCCGGGCUGUUUUUUUUUUUACGCUGUCAUGGUGCGCCACUCGCCCGUCUUGAUUCAUCGCGCUUGAAUUUCGCCAGCCACCGCCACCGCCACCACCGGCUUGCGAUGUCCAACGCCGGCUCCUCCGCCGCCGCUGCCGUUGCCGCCGCCGGGCAACCUCCGGCGAAGAAGACGAGGUUCACGGGCGCCCAUCGCUACCGCACCAAGUUCAACGCCGACUGGACGAGCCGCUACCCGUUCAUCAGCGCCGUGAGGGGCGAGCCGUGCCUCUACCACUGCGGCGUCUGCGCCAAGGUGCUCUCUUGCGCCCACCAGGGCGAGACGGACGUCAGGAGGCACGUGGGCAGCGACAGCCACGCCAAGAUGGUGAGCUCGAGGGGCGGGCACGGCGGCGGUGGCGGCAGUGGCCGUGGCCUUCCGGAGACCACGUUCGCGACGCCCGUCUCGUCGGACCUCAAGGAAGAGCCCCAAGAAGAGGAGAUGCUGUCUUAUUGCGAGGAGGAGGAGGUGCCGCUGCCGCUGGAGGCGACCAGUGAUGGGAGCGGUUUCCCGGCGUGGCUGGAGACGCAGGGCGUGAGCGCCGAGGUGGCCCGCGCCCUCGACUCGGAGCUGGGCAUCCGCGACUACGGCCUCCUGCGCGCCUGCGUGGACGACGGGAGCGUGCGAGCGGAGCUGCUGGCCGCCGCUCGCCACCGCCUGCCCUUCGGGUUCUACGCGGCGCUGAGGCGCGCCGUGAAGGCCCUGCGACAGCCCGACGAUGAAGACGGAGCAGGAGGAGGAGCGGGAGGAGGAGGAGUGGAAGGAGGAGCGGAAGGAGGAGGGGCAGGCUUAGCGGGAGGAGGAGGAGCGGGAGGAGACGCCGCAGGGGCGACGCUGCUGGGAGGCCUCGUGGAGGCGCUCCUCGCGCUCUUUGGCGGCCUCAGCCGUGAGCUGCUGCUCUCCGCGGAGCGCCUGGGGGCGCUGUACGGCCAUCGGUGCGCCCCGGAUGGCGGCGCUGUGAGCCCCGGGGGCGGCUGCGACGUGGAGUGGCACACGGAGCACGAGGAGGUGGGGGAGGCUCCGACGCAAGAAAUCUCGGAGGCCGACCCCAGGUGGGAGACGAUGGCGGUGAAGAUGGAGGCGAGCGGAGACCUGCAUCCCUGGAUGCUCUCCACGCCUGCUUCAACGCAGUGGCUGCCUCUCAAACGGGAAGAGAAGCCGCGAGACGUGGCCGAGGAUUUUCGGGCGGAAGAAGGGGGCCUCCCGUGCGACGGGGAAGGGGCGGAUGGUCGAGAGCUGCGCAGCCUCCGGGUGGACGUCGUCGUCCACGCGGAAGGAGACAACCUGCUGGGUGACAGAGAAGACCUCCAGCUCGGUGAUGGAAGGGACCUCCAGGUCGGUGAUGGAAGGGACCUCCAGGCCUAUGGAAGGGACCUCCAGGCUGCUGGUCUCAGCGCUAGGCCGGGGGCGGUGACUGCGGCCACGCGGAGAUACGCGGCGGUGGCUGCGACGGCCCCAGGCGUCGAGGCCAAGGUGGAGCUGCAGGAUCCGAGCGGCGACGGGACCGCGAUCGCCGCCUUCCCGUGCCCCGCGUGUGGCCAGCGGCCGGCACCGGCCGGCGAUCCGCCGAGGCCUCGGUUCGACUCCCGGAGCCACGCGCCGAUCCGGCGUCGUCCCGCAGACGCGACGCGACGGCACCGCCGCCGCUGCGCCCGUUGCGGUGUCGCGGCCGCGGCCGUCGGCGGCUCCGCGGGGGAGCGGCACUGCCUGCUGUGCGGUGGGGUCUCCGUGCCGGGGCUCGGGCAGCGCCAGCAGCGGGGGCACGGCGCGGGAGAGCGGCCGCACCCUCCCGAGCCCCGUCGUCACCGUAACGAUGACAACGACGACGACGCCGGAGACGCCGGAGGAGCGGAGGAGCGAGCCUGCCGGUGCGACCGCUCACCCCGCCGGUGUGAGAGGACGUUUGCGCUGCCCGGGCUACUCCGGCGCCAGCAGGAGCACACGCACUGCGGUGAUCUCAGCUAGCAUGGGGGCAGCA